GAUUUGCCCCCAACUGAGUUGCCAAACAUACAGCGAUCUACCUGUGCUUUUACGCAAAAAAAAAGCAGUUGUACUCAUUCCAUGAUCGAUCAUUGGAGUCGACGACGCUAGUUUGGUCUCACUUACGUUGUUGAUUCGACUUCUAAUUCACUCGAUCUUCCGCUCUGUAUCCCCAUGGACGGACUUCGUAAACAGCAGGUGUCGCUGCGUGGUUCGAGUGCGAAAGAGAUCACUAGGGAUGCCUUACUCGAAAAGGUUACGCAAGAGAGGGAAUUUCGCAAUUACAUGCGUCGAGCUUCCGCAGCUUCACUUUUUAUUCAGAGGGUUUGGAGACGCUAUGCUUCAACAAAGAUGGCAGCUGCACAUCUUCGAGAAGAGUGGCAGGAGAUGCUUAAUAGUCAUCCAGUUCCUAUGAUCAGAGCUUGGAUUUCCAACAACCUAUUGAAACCUUUUCUUUUCUUCAUUACAACUUUAGCAACUGGGCGUCAAAGGUUUGAAGAUAGAGAUGUAGAAUGUAUGCAGAUCUGCUUCAAAAUUCUUUUGGAGAGCAUAAAUUCCAGUGAUCCACAGAGAAACUUCUGCUCCCUUGCCACAUCUAACAUUGAAGAGAGAAGAACAUGGACAUAUCAAGCAAAGAAGUUGAUUUCCUUAUGUCUACUCAUUCUUUCAGAAUGUGAUUACUCAUAUCAAGAGGGACACCAAUACAUAGUUCUUACAUCUAUGGCAAUGCGGUUUGUUGUUAGCUUGACUGAUCUGAAAGGAUGGAAAACUCUUGAUGAUGUCACUCUUCAAGAAGCAGAUACAUCAGUGAAAGAUCUAGUAUCAUACAUGUGCAGUGAGAAAAGUCGGCUUUACAUUUCCAUCAGAAGAUACAUUAGUAGAUUGGAAGUUCCUCUUUCUUCAACUACUGGACAUACACAUACACAUACAGAUGACAGAUUCUUGAUUACUGCAAGUGCAAUCACUUUAGCACUGAGACCCUUCAAUAAUGGCAACAUGAAUAUGAAUGAAAAUGGUCUCCAAGAUUUGCAAUUUGCUGUUGAGCAAUAUUGUGUGCUUCUGCUCACAAUUCCUUGGUUUACUCAACGUCUGCCAGCUGUACUCUUAUCUGCUAUAAAGCAUAAAUCCAUCUUGUCACCUUGCUUCAUGCAAAUAUUGAUAUCAAAAGAGAGAGUUUUAGAUGAGAUUUCAAAGUUGAAUAAUUUGGAACAGAGUUCAACUCCAAAUGUGUUGCCACCUGUUGGUUGGACACUUGCAAACAUUAUUUCUCUUGCAACAGGUGUAGACAACAAUUCCAAAGAUUCUGGAAGAUUCACUCAAGAUCUAGACUUUUCAUCUUACCUUCAUGUUGUCAUCAUUCUUGCUGAAAAUUUAUUGACUUGGUUCGAGGGAGCUGAAUGGAAUCAGAAUCAGAAUCAGAAUCAGAAUCAGUCACUCCAAUCCAACAUGUCAUACAAAGAUUUACUCAACCCUGUUUGUCAACAAUGGCAUCUAAUGAAGUUAUUGACUUUGGAAAAUAAUUCAUAUGAAUUGACAGACGUUGCAUAUUAUUACUCUUCAAUGCUAAGAAUAUUCACAAUCCUCAAUCCAGUUGUAGGGUCAAUGCCUAUCCUCAAUAUGCUCUCAUUCACCCCUGGAUUUCUUUCAAAUCUCUGGGAAUCACUCGAAAACUCCUUCUUCCCUAAAUCAAAAUCCACCCCUGAUGCUAACUUUAACAUUACUGAAGAUUCAAGGGAUAGAAAUAGAAUCUCCAAGAAAAAGAAAAAAGGAUUAGCUAAAAAUGGAAGCACUAAAUGGGCCAAUGUAUUAAACAAAAUAACUGGAAAAUCCCAAGGAGAUAUAGACAAUACAGAGUCUGUUAACAACAUUGGUUCUCAAAUUGAUGACUCUUCUGAUGUAUGGGAUAUUGAGCCUUUUAGAAAAGGUCCAGAAGGCUUAACAACUGAUUCUUCUCAUUUAGUCCAUCUUUUCUCUGCUGUUUAUGCACACCUGUUGCUUGUUCUUGAUGACAUAGAGUUCUAUGAAAAACAGGUUCCAUUUACACUAGAGCAACAGAGAAGAAUCGCAUCAAUGCUGAAUACAUUAGUGUAUAAUGCAUUGUCUUAUAACAUUACAUGGAAUAAUCAUCCAUUAAUGGAUGCUUCUGUUCGAUGUCUACAUUUGUUAUAUGAAAGAGAUUGUAGACACGAGUUUUGUCCCCAUGAACUUUGGCUUUCUCCAGCUAAAAAAAAUCGUCCACCAAUUGCAGUUGCUGCAAGAACUCAUGAAGUUCUUCUAUCAACCAAUCUAAGAUCAGAUGAUUCAUUCCCCAUUUCAAGUAUGCACUCUGUUAUCACCACAACCCCACAUGUUUUUCCAUUUGAAGAAAGAGUUGAGAUGUUUAGAGAACUGAUUGGAAUGGAUAAAGUUUCUAGAAGAAUGGCUGGUGAAAUCAUAGGACCUGGCCCACAAGCUGUUGAGGUAGUAAUCAGGCGUAGUCAUAUUGUUGAAGAUGGAUUCCAACAAUUGAAUUCACUGGGGUCAAGAUUAAAGUCAAGCAUACACGUGUCAUUUGUUAGUGAAUGUGGUCUACCUGAAGCUGGAUUAGAUUAUGGUGGUUUAUCAAAAGAGUUUCUAACAGACAUAGCAAAAGCUGCCUUUGCUCCCGAUUAUGGAUUAUUCAGCCAGACAUCAACUUCAGACAGACUUCUAAUUCCAAAUUCAGUUGCAAGAUCCAUGGAUAAUGGCAUACAGAUGAUUGAAUUUGUUGGAAGAGUUGUUGGAAAAGCACUUUAUGAAGGAAUAUUACUAGAUUAUUCUUUCUCCCAUGUUUUUGUACAAAAGCUUUUAGGUCGUUACAGCUUUAUUGAUGAGCUGUCAGCAUUGGAUCCUGAACUUUACAAGAAUCUUAUGUAUGUUAAGCAUUAUGAUGGCGAUGUGAAGGAUCUGUGUCUAGAUUUUACAGUUACUGAAGAGUUACCUGGAAAACGACAUGUUGUAGAGCUGAAAGCUGGGGGUAAAGAUGUCAUUAUCACAAAUGAUAAUAAGUUGCAGUAUAUAUAUGCUAUGGCGGAUUAUAAACUUAACCGACAGGUAUUGCCACUUUCAAAUGCGUUUUAUAGAGGAUUAACAGAUCUUAUAUCCCCAUCUUGGUUGAAAUUGUUUAAUGCCAGUGAAUUUAAUCAGCUUCUUUCUGGUGGAAACCAUGACAUUGAUGUUGAUGAUUUGAGAAAUAACACACGGUACACUGGUGGUUACACUGAAGGAAGUCGGACAGUUAAGCUCUUUUGGGAGGUAAUAAGAGAAUUUGAGGCAAAAGAAAGGUGUCUGUUAAUGAAAUUUGUGACAAGUUGUUCUCGGGCUCCAUUGCUUGGGUUUAAACACUUGCAGCCAAGUUUUACAAUCCACAAGGUUGCAUGUGAUUUACCACUUUGGGCAUCGUUUGGAGGACAAGAUGUUGAUCGUCUUCCAUCAGCUUCAACAUGCUAUAAUACUCUCAAGCUUCCAACUUACAAAAGAUCAAGCACAUUAAGAACAAAGCUACUAUAUGCCAUUAAUUCCAAUGCAGGAUUUGAACUUUCAUAAAUCACUUAAAUAGUGUGUGCAUUACUUAGAUAGGGUUACUUGAUGGAUAGUAAGUCAAGGGGAUGAUCUAUGUGAUUCACUUAUAAAUUAUUGAUGUAAAGUUUAUCCAACAAGUUAAAGGUUUGUGUAUGAUGUAUAUGAAUUAAAAGUGUAUUUUGUAGCAUGAUUGGUGAUUUUAUACGAGUGCCUAGGGGAUUUUAGUGUCACGUGUCAAUGUCAUUUUUAGUGGGAAUUUAUGAGUGUCAAAUGGGA